AUGGAUUUGAACGAUCAUCUUUUAAAUACCAACACCCAAAACCCAAAACCGGCGGUACUGGAGGGGAAACCCAAAAGUGCCCCACAAGCAACUACAAACACACAGCGCCCUACGGUGAGCGGUAGGCCAAAGGGGAAACCCCAAGGUCAGCCGAGCACCGAUGCUGGUGCUAGCACCACACCAGCGGUUGUGGCCCAAACCCCAGGUUCUGCGGCCCCCGCUCAAAACCCAUCAAACGCGGCCCUUGAAGCAGGGUGGACCUUGGUGAGUCGCAAGCCCAAAUCCAAGGCCACGGCACCCAUCCGCAAGGAAGGGACUAGUGGCCACGGCGAGCGCCCACCUCCGGCCCCCAGUGGGAGCAAGAGACGCCCUGCCCGAAAAAACAAGAAGGCCCGUCGUAGAGAACGCGAGCGACGCACUUCACACAACCCCCUGCCGAAGGAGGGAGAGGCGAGGCCCCCAGUGGGUGGCGCGAGUGGCCCAGGGACUGCAUCAGCACGGUCAAAUGGGUCGGUCGCGCACCCCACUGGAAGGCCCCCCCCCCUUCUAACAGCAAACCGGGAGAGAGCAGGCAGAGGUCCUCGACCAUUGCCAAACGUGCCCGCCUUGACGAGACCAUAUCUCCUAGAGGCGAGCACAAGCGGCAAAAGGUUGAGAGGCCCGCUCAGCAACGCACCUACGCCGAGGCCACCAGGCCCGAACUCAUGGCUGUAA